GGCGGGUGGGGAGGGUGGGCUCUGGCUGCCCAGCCGCGGUAUGGCCUGGACGGCUGGAGCGCGAGCGGCGCUGCGGGGCCGAAGGAGCCCGGAGAGGGCGGGAAGCUAGACUGGGCAGCUGUAGUUAAGGUCCCCGGGGCUGGCAGAGAUGGGAGGGUCGGGAGGGGGUGUUGAGCGGGCGGCAGGUGCCUGCCCUCCGACGAGAUCCAACUCUUUCUCCGGCUCCACCCACGGUGGCCUGCACCCAGUUCCAAGGGCUAAAAAUACUGCCCCAGGCUCCUGAGCGUAAUCAGAUCGCGCUAAGUAGGGUAAGAGGCAGAGGCCACCAAGCUCCCGGCCCGCAAAGCCACCUCCGGAGUGCGGCCCCGCCUACAUCCCACGAGGCAGGUUAGUGGCCUGGGGCGGUAGCGCCAGUCUUCUGAAGUUGCCCCACACCCUGGAAGCCGUGCCUGGCCCUGGCCCUGGCCCUGGGCAGGGGAUCUUCAGUAGUAUUGAGGGCUUCCCAGCGGUCCCUCAAUGCCCUGUAGAUUGCAGCUGGAAGUUUCCCACUGCAGAAAUCAGUAUACUAACCGGGAGAACAUACAGGACUUGCUUUAUGUUAGAAACAUAGGCAUUGUUCUUUUUUUUUUUUUUUUUUAAAGAAACGCAUUCUGUGUUUCUUGCUGAGAGAGGGCCGGUUACCAGACACGGCUUUAAGUGAGGAGCAGCCUGAUGGCAGAGGAGGGGUUUCUCUUUGGGCUCUGGCUAUAUCUUUUAAUCAAACAAAAUAGUGACUUUCAUUCAUUUGAAAGGAGAAACAUAAUGGCCCAGGAGCCUAAGCAGGUACCUUCUUUCCACAAUAUCGGUUGUUAUGCUGUAAAAUAAUAAGCAACCAAAUGUUGUAGUCUGGUGAACUCUGCAGCCAGAGCUGGGACUCUGUUAUGCUGGCCCCUUUUUGUUUGUUUAAAUAACAUCAGCUGGAGAGCAUCAUCUCCACCCUAGGGGCAGAGCUGCCACCAGGACUAGCCCUAAAUGUAAGUCUUGACCAAGACAAUAAAAUCAAAGUUGGGUCAGGACCCACAUUGGAGUCCGGCAUCCUUAGGAACAGCCCUCAGGAACUCACUGGGAUUUUGUGUGCUGGAGCUACCGAGGGUGUCUUUCCUGCCAGGUGUGUGUGGAGGCUAGAAUGAAGCUGAAAAAGCAGGUGACAGUGUGUGGGGCUGUCAUCUUCUGUGUGGCAGUCUUCUCCCUCUACCUCAUGCUGGACCGGGUGCAGCACGAUCCCACUCGACACCAGAAUGGUGGGAACUUCCCCCGGAGCCAAAUUUCUGUGCUCCAAAACCGCAUUGAGCAGCUGGAGCAGCUGUUGGAGGAGAACCAUGAGAUCAUCAGCCACAUCAAGCACUCCGUGCUGGAGCUCACAGCCAACGCAGAGGGCCCGCCUGCCCUGCUGCCCUACUACACAGCAAAUGGCUCCUGGGUGGUACCUCCAGAGCCUCGGCCCAGCUUCUUAUCCAUCUCCCCUCAGGACUGCCAGUUUGCUUUAGGGAGCCGGGGCCAGAAGCCAGAGCUGCAGAUGCUCGCUGUGUCAGAGGAAUUGCCAUUUGACAACGUGGAGGGCGGUGUGUGGAGGCAAGGCUUUGACAUCUCCUAUGGUCCACAUGACUGGGAUGCUGAGGAUCUGCAGGUGUUUGUGGUUCCCCACUCCCACAAUGACCCAGGCUGGAUCAAGACCUUUGAUAAGUACUACACAGAGCAGACCCAGCACAUUCUCAAUAGCAUGGUGUCCAAGCUGCAAGAGGACCCCCGGCGACGCUUCCUCUGGGCAGAAGUCUCCUUCUUUGCCAAGUGGUGGGACAACAUCAGUGCCCAAAAGAGAGCAGCAGUCCGCAGGUUGGUGGGAAAUGGGCAACUGGAGAUUGCCACAGGGGGCUGGGUGAUGCCUGACGAGGCCAACUCCCACUACUUUGCACUGAUUGACCAACUCAUUGAAGGACACCAGUGGUUGGAGAGAAACCUUGGUACAACCCCACGCUCUGCCUGGGCAGUGGACCCCUUUGGAUACAGCUCCACCAUGCCCUACCUGCUGCGCCGUGCCAACCUGACCAGCAUGCUGAUCCAGAGGGUGCAUUAUGCCAUCAAGAAGCACUUUGCCGCCACCCACAGCCUGGAGUUCAUGUGGAGGCAGACAUGGGACCCAGACUCCAGCACAGACAUCUUCUGCCACAUGAUGCCCUUCUACAGCUAUGACAUCCCUCACACCUGUGGUCCAGACCCCAAGAUCUGCUGCCAGUUUGAUUUCAAACGCCUGCCUGGUGGACGCAUCAACUGCCCUUGGAAGGUGCCACCCCGGGCCAUCACAGAGGCCAACAUAGCAGAGAGGGCAGCCCUGCUCCUAGACCAGUACCGGAAGAAAUCCCGGCUGUUCCGAAGCAAUGUCCUUCUGGUGCCUCUUGGUGAUGACUUCCGAUAUGACAAGCCGCAGGAGUGGGAUGCCCAGUUCUUUAACUACCAGCGGCUUUUUGACUUCUUCAGUAGCAGGCCUGACCUCCAUGUGCAGGCCCAGUUUGGCACCCUGUCUGACUAUUUUGAUGCUUUGUACAAGAGGACAGGGGUGGAGCCAGGGGCCCAGCCUCCAGGGUUUCCUGUGCUGAGCGGGGAUUUCUUCUCCUACGCGGACCGGGAGGAUCAUUACUGGACAGGCUACUACACUUCCCGGCCUUUCUACAAGAGCUUAGACCGUGUCCUGGAAGCCCACCUACGGGGGGCAGAGAUUCUGUAUAGCCUGGCUGUAGCUCACGCCCGCCGCUCUGGACUGGCUGGCCAGUACCCACUGUCUGACUUCACCCUUCUGACGGAGGCUCGGCGUACCCUGGGGCUCUUCCAGCACCACGACGCCAUCACAGGCACUGCCAAGGAGGCAGUGGUAGUGGACUACGGGGUCAGGCUUCUGCGCUCGCUUGUCAGCCUGAAGCGGGUCAUCAUCAACGCGGCCCACUACCUGGUGCUGGGGGACAGGGGGGCCUACCACUUUGACCCAGAGGUGCCCUUCCUCCAAAUGGAUGACACUCGCUUAAGUCACGAUGCCCUGCCGGAGCGCACAGUGAUCCAGCUGGAUUCCUCACCCAGGUUUGUGGUGCUGUUCAACCCGCUGGAGCAUGAGCGGCUCAGUGUGGUGUCCCUGCUGGUUAACUCACCCCGCGUUCGUGUCCUUUCGGAAGAUGGUCAGCCUCUAGCUGUGCAGAUUGGCAUGUAUUGGAGCUCUGCUACUGAGGUGGUCCCUGAUGUCUUCCAGGUGUCUGUGCCCAUCCGCCUGCCAGCCUUGGGCCUGGGUGUGCUGCAGCUGCACCUGGGGCUGGAUGGGCACCGCACCCUGCCCUCCUCUGUGCGUGUCUACCUGCACGGCCGGCAGCUGUCCAUCAGCAGGCACGAAGCAUUCCCUCUCCGCAUCAUUGAGUCUGCCUCCAGUGACUUCACCCUCAGCAACCGCUACAUGCAGUUCUGGUUCUCAGGCCUUACUGGGCUCCUCAAGAGCAUCCGAAGGGUGGAUGAGGAGCCAGAGCAGCAGGUGGACAUGGAAUUCCUUGUCUAUGGCACCCGUGCAUCCAAAGACAAGAGUGGAGCCUACCUCUUCCUGCCUGAUGGUGAGGCCAAGCCCUACGUCCCCAAGGAGCCCCCAGUGCUUCGUGUCACUGAAGGCCCUUUCUUCUCAGAGGUGGCUGUGUACUAUGAACACGUUCACCAGAUGGUCCGUCUCUAUAACGUGCCAGGGGUGGAGGGUCUGUCUCUGGACGUGUCUUUGCUGGUGGACAUCCGGGACUAUGUUAACAAGGAGUUGGCCCUGCGCGUCCACACGGACAUUGAGAGCCAGGGUACCUUCUUCACAGAUCUCAAUGGCUUUCAGGUACAGCCUCGGCGGUAUCUGAAAAAGCUACCCCUGCAGGCCAAUUUCUACCCCAUGCCAGUCAUGGCCUACAUCCAGGAUGCACAGAAACGCCUCACGCUGCACACGGCCCAGGCCCUGGGUGUCUCUAGCCUCAGAGACGGCCAGCUGGAGGUGAUUCUGGACCGGCGCCUGAUGCAGGAUGACAACCGGGGCUUAGGCCAAGGGCUCAAGGACAACAAGAGGACCCACAGCAGCUUCCGCCUGCUGUUGGAACGGCGAGCCAUAGGCACUGAGGUCCAGGACAGCCACCCUACCAGCUAUCCAUCCCUGCUCAGCCACCUGACCUCUGCGCACCUGAACACUCCGGUACUGGCCCUGCCUGUAGCCCAGCGGCCACUCCCAGGCCCUGGCCUGCGCUCCUUUCAUCCUCUGGCCUCCUCGUUGCCCUGUGACUUCCACUUGCUCAACCUCCGUGCUCUCCAGGCUGAGGAUGACACCUUGCCUUCAGCAGAGACAGCACUCCUCUUGCACCGGAAGGGUUUUGACUGCGGCCUUGAGGCCAAGAACUUGGGCUUCAACUGUACCACAAGCCAAGGCAAGGUAGCCCUUGGCAGCCUUUUCCAUGGCCUGGAUGUGGUGUUCCUGCAGCCGACCUCCCUGACACUGCUGUACCCUCUUGCCUCGCCUUCCAACAGCACUGAUGUUUAUUUAGAGCCCAUGGAGAUUGCCACCUUUCGCCUCCGCUUGGGUUAGGGUUUCCUGUGGCCUGAAGGCAAAGUUCAUCUGCAGAGACUGCCUGUUAACAUUAUGGUUGGGUUGGACAGUCACAUUGGGUACCAUGUCCCAAUUUGCUUCCCAGAGCUGUCACAGACUGGGCUCUGCCUGCAUUUUCUGUUUAUUGUUGCUUCUCUAUUUAGGGGCAACCCAUAAGCCCGGUGAUGGGUAAACGGGGCAGAUGCCAGUGAGAUCAGGGAGGAAAGGCCCUUGGUCAGAGCAGGCUGUGCAAGACUAUGCUUUGGGUGGUAAGAGGCCACCCAGCUGGGCACAGGCCCAAGCACCCACCCUUUUCACAAAGGGAAUGUAGGAGACGCCGAGGCAGACAGAAGAGGUGAGGGAGGCCACGUGGGUAACCACCCCAUACAGGGUCUCCCUGAGCAAGAGCUGGCUCUAGGGAAACCUUGUGGUUAUGUAGACUACAUGCCUGGUGUCACCAGCAGGGCCAGAGCAACUCUGGAAGAGAGGGCUGGGGACCCAGAGUUAUAGAGGGUGGAGAAGUGGAAGGCAUCCACGUUUCUCCUAAUAGUCCAAAGGCCUUGCUGUCUCUGUGAUGGCUCCACUCCCAGUGCCAUCUGGCCCGGCUGGGGGCUGCAGAGUGGCAGAAAGGACUCAACUGCAGACUGUCAUGGCCACAUAUCAGAGAACAUUUUAGGUAUCAAACCCCUAUGGUGAGCUGGGCACAUUGAUUUGUGACCCUCUUUGGCCUGUACUCUGCAUACCACCAUCCCCAAGAGCUGCUUCCUCUCAGGGGGUUGGUCCUAUUUCCUUCACUGGGAAAGAAAGUGAAUCCUCCAAGACCACAUGUGCUUAGGUGGCUUGACAGAAAGCUUUCAAUUCCUGGUACAGGAGAUGAGGGGUAUGAGAGUACAUUAGGAAGAAGUAUGGCUGCUAAUGAGCCCUCACUGCAGCUUUGAUUAAUAGAAAAACAUUUAUGAUACUCUAUAGAUGCUGGGAAGAUACUUGGAAAAAUUUAAAAUCUAACCCUUAUUAAAACUCUUAGUAAAUUAAGUCUAGAAAGAAACAUCCUAAUCUAGAACAAAAUCUCUCUCAGAAAUUAAGUUACCAGCAUUCUAAAGAGUCAAACACCACAGGCAUUCCCAUUAAAGUCAGGACCUAGCCAAGGGCAUGCUAUUAUUUAACAAUGUCCUGGCACUACUUCCCUUGCAAUAAGGCAGAUGAGGAAGAAUUAUGAUUGCCAUUGUUUGUAGACAAUAAACUGCCUACCUGUAAACUCUAAA